AUCAGCAAAGUAGGUCACGGAGAAGUAACGGGUUUCUCUGUGCUUGUGUCAAGGUCCCCUUGUUUUUGUUUUGUCCCCUUUUCGACUUUCAAGUUUGCCGUAGCCCGUAUGUGCCUCUGUGUUCGAAUGGACUAGACUCUAAUUUCUCACAGUAUUGGAUUUCUAGAUGUAGAUCUAGAUCUAUAUAGAUUCUAGAAUCUAGAUUCUAAUUGUCAGUUCCGGCAACUAGACUUACAUUAGUGUCGCGAUCGCGCAUUACGUCUUGGAUGCCGUUGUGCGAGCUCGCCGUGCCUUGUCUUCAUGAUAUGUGUUAUUUUGAAAAGGCGUUUGCCACCUGUGUGUAGUUGAGUUCUUUUGCAAGUGAAGUUCUUAUCAAUUCGUGUUGUUAUGCCUUUAGAGUUAGGCAUAGAUCUAUCUAUGUUUAACUGCCAGACUGAUGUAGUCUUACUAGAUCUAGAUCUCUAGACUCUAGAUCUAGUUUAGUAGACUACUACUAUUGUAUUGAAUUGAUGCGUUAUUAUUUAAUCUAGAUCUAGUCUAGAUCUAGUAAAUUUACUGAUUUCAGUGAUUUGUGAUUUUUUUCCCUGUACUGACUUCCUUAUGCGGCAUUAAUGGAAUUAUGAUUAUUCUACUUGUGCCCAAGUUAUGGAUAUAAAUAUACUUAAAUAUAUAGACUAGGACUAGAUUGACUAGAUCUUAUCAUCAAGAAUAAUCAAGAUCUAUAUAGAAAGCUAUUCUUUAAUAUAAUAAUGUAUCAUGUAUGAAUGUAUUUGUAUGUAUAUAAAAAAAGAUAGUCUCUUAAUAAGAUGUGUAGACCCUAGACUAGAUAUAGAUCUAGCUAGACUCUAGACCCUAGACUAGUCUAGACUCUAAUAUUAAAGAUCUAGGACUAAAUGUAUAUAAUAAUUAAUAAUAUAUAAUAGUAGAUAGUUUAGGGCUUCAAAUAAUCACAGUUGCCUAGCCUAGAUCUACAAGGAUUACUGCUAAUACUGGACUUAACUGGAUUGUCACAGUAGCCUAAUAGGAUUACUGGACUGUACUAUGAGAUAAGAAUUUGCAGAUCCACUCAAGGUGUCCAGCUAUGAUGAACCAUCCAGUGCUUUCUGCAGACGAUAUUGACCUCAAGCAGCACGUUCUUCCCCCGUGCCGUGUCUGCGGUGACGACGGGGCCGGCUUUCAUUAUGGCGUCAACACCUGUGAGGCAUGCAAGGGAUUUUUUCAUCGAAGUUUGAAAGUUCAUCAUUUGUACAAAUGUUCAGGAAGUGGGUCAUGUGACCUCACCAAGAUAAAGAGGCAGCGGAGCUGUCAAUAUUGUCGUUAUCAAAGAUGUGUUCAAGUAGGGAUGUCCAAGGGAGCUAUCAAGACAGGUCGUUACACCAGCCACAAAAAGACCAACGAUAUAAUGGAGGUUAAAAGGUUGCUUAGUAUGAGGAACAGCAUGGGUGGCACCAACUUUGAAGGCUCAUCCAUAUCAGAUUCAAAUUCUGUCGAUUCAAUUAAAAUGUCAUCCACCGAACAGUCAGACACCAAAGCAUUCAUUGCCAAGUCCACCUGUGACUCAGACAAUUACUUGGCGUCCUGGGUGGAUACUCACUCUUCUUCCAAGUCCAAUGAUGUGCACGACUACUCAAUGUACCACAAAGUCUUGAGCCCUCCCAAGAGUUCUCCUUCCCAAUGCGACAGCGCAUUCACCUCACCUUAUUCCAGUGACUUGCUCAUUAAAAGUCCAGAGACUCCGCUUCACAGUGUGGCCAGCACCUCUGGGAAAUCAGACUUUUUAGACCUCUGGUCACCCGUGGCUACUCCAGAAAACGCUAACACUUGUGAACUUGUUGAUCUGAGAGUUAGACAGGAGAAUACACUAAACGCACAAAAGGACGUGAACUGUACAAUUUCCUCUCUGCCGAAACCCCAAGAUGACACGAGCCUCCACGCUGGUACUAGCUUCUACAGCCUGUCUCCUGUUUCUCCAUGGGACAAAACUCACAACUCCCAUAAUCCUCAGAGCACAGAGGCACCAGAGCCUGAAGAGCCUCAUUCUCCACAUAAAGUAGAUGACUCUCCCACCUCAAGUAUAGAGCAGCUGGUUAGGAGCAUAUUUGCAGACAAAAGGGAAGCCAUCCAGCUAAUAAAAGAGGCACACAAACAAUAUUUCUUAGUUUUGUUUCAGGCUGAGAGGCGCUGUGCGGAACUGAGAGAACAGCAGAAGAUCCAUGCUGAGAAUUGCGAACACAAAAUAAAAAUGUUUGGUAGAAUGUACUUUCUACCAGAGGAAGACUAUGAUGAAAUUUGGAGAACCACUGGACUGGAUAUAGACAACAGAAAACAAAUGUUGAAGAACUGGGAAACAAGUUGUGAACUUCUGGCAUUUGCUUUGAUCAAGUUCUCAAAAAAACUUCCUGGCUUCACAUUAUUAGACUUGACUACUCAGGCGGAUUUAAUUAAAAGUGCUCGCCCAGAAGUCAACAUUUUAAACAGCAUGUCACUGUUUGACACAGAGUUAAAAGUUGGCGUGUGGGCUGGCGGGACGCAGUACUGCCAGAAAGAGUUUGGUCAGUUUGCUAACCAUGAUUUUUUCUGGUCUUAUGUUGCCACAUGUAACAGAGUGCAAGAGUUAAAUCUGACAACAGAGGAGCGUGCAGUCAUUAAAGCAAUAAUGGUUUUCUCGACAGAUCGAGAUGGCAUAAAUGUUCAGUCACCUAUCCCAUCAGCUAUACAAUGGCAGCUGAUCGAAUGCUUAGAGUUCCUGCUUGCUCAGCGGUUCCAACGGCCUAAGAUUGCUUUGGCCAUCAUCAUCCAGUGUUUAACUGAGUUGAGGACGGUUCGACAACUGGCCUUGGAUCUACUGGUCUCUGGGUUCAAGGUCUUUAAAUACUCCAAUGUUCUGGACAACCCAUUUCUAAAGGAGCUUCUCUCUGAUGUGCUGUCCUUGUGUGGGGACCCUGAAGAGGAUUUCAGGGAAGACUGGGCUUCCACUGGUCAAACCACAGCGAAUAAAUCACAGACAUGUGAUGUAGACAUGUGUGGAAGCUGUGAUCAAUUUUAAUGAGGCAUUCUGAUAGACAUAAAUUAUUUUGUUACAAGUGCUUAUACACUUUUUUUUAAAGAAGUGCGAAUAUACACUUUUUAAGAAGUGCUGUUUCAGUAUACUUAAGCUCAGAUAAAGUUUUAGAGAAAUUUUAGGAGAUAAAAAUAUCUAUUUUUCACUUGUGUAAACAGUUACAGUGCUAAUUGUUGCUAAAACUAUUUAGGUAAACAAACUUGUACUUCAAACUAAUUUUCCAUGACCUGCUGUUUAACAACAGUAUUUGCAUGCCGAUAUGUCCCACAGUUCUAAGAAAAAAGAAAUGGGGAAUAUUCAAACGUUGGAAUUGUGUGUAAGAUAUUUAAGAAAGGUAAAUAUGUUUAUUAAAAAUAUAAUGUUAUGUUUCAGAUUUUUCAUACGCUCCUUUUUUUUUUCUCUCUGUCUGGAACAGGAUACAAUUUAAGAUUUUCUGGAGGCACUUCUUUAAUUUAUACAUGUUUAAAUACCAUCCGAAGGGUCAUGAUAAUCUCUACAUCAAUUCAAAAAGCUAAUAUCUAUAUUGGGUUAAGUUUGAGGAGAUGUAUCAUUGAGUCCUUGUGUUUUGAUGAAGUGAAUUUGGAUUAUUGUUUGAAUGCAAAUUUGUUAUCUUGAAGCUUUUUUUUUUUUUCUCUAGUACUGUAAAUACAAAUAUAAAAAUCAAUAGUAAAAAAAAAAAAAAGAGAAAUGAAAUUCUUUUUGGGCACGUCCUGGAUGCAGUUUAAGAAAAAACAGUACUAAGGAAGACAAAAAACUAUUGGUUAAUCUUCCAAAUAAGGCUGCCUUUCUGGUAGUAUAAGAUAGUGAAAAGUAAUAGUUUUAUUUAAAUUUUCUACCAAUAGGCACUAAAAAAAACCCCACCACAUUUUACUUUAUCUUCAACUUUUUUUCCCCUUCUCAUGGCUAUAAAAUAGCUUUGUAUUUUUAAUACCAGUCAGUAUAUGGUCCCUUUUAACAAAUUGGGAAAGAUGUUUUGAAAGACUAUAUACAUUUGUGCUACACACUUUGGACAAUACCAAAUGAAGAUACGACUGUUUACAAAAGCCUCUGUUAUGGGCAGCUCAAUGUGUUCUUGUGAUAUCUGUGUUGUUAUGAUAUUGAUUUGAAAUUGUAUUUAAUAAAAUAAAAUAGACUUAUGUAUUUGUAAAUAUUAUACAGUGUUUCAAAAGUGGAUUUAAGAAUAAUAUAUGUGGGUAAGUGUCUAGAGUCGUCUUUCAGUGGUUACCAGUCCUUUACAUAGAUUAUAUACAAUGUGAAUGUUUUAAUCACAGGUUUUUAGAGCCAUUUUUACAUUAGGCUCUCUCACAUUUUAUAUAAUGUUGCUGUUGUUUUUUUUUGUAAUUUGUGCAAAAAAAAAUUCUUUUAAAACUACAGCAAAUAGUUGGUAAUUUAUUGUGCCAAGAAAUAGAUUUUUAUUUCCACUGGGCAGUAGGGGUCUUAAUAUUUGGAAAAGUCAUGUUUAGGUAGGGUUUAUUUUCUGCAUUGGUGCUUUUUGUAACUGGAAAAUUAAAUGUUCUUAAAACUCUUAUGUAACAUAACAUUAACUGGUAUUUUGCAGAUGGUAAAAAUAUCCAUAGACUUGGGGUAUAGUUUUGCUAUAUUAAGUAAAAAAUUAAACCACUAUGACAUCCAAUAUUUUUACUUCAAAUUUUGUGAUUUAUUACUUACUUUGCUUGUCACAGACUUUUUUCUUUUUUUAUUCAGAAUGUUUUAACCUCAAGAUUGCAUAAAAAGGUUUAUGAAAUUUACUGAAGCAUAACUAACACUACUUGCUCUUAUUUCUGUUUCUCUGUGAAUCUGCAUCAAAGUGGCUUGAAAAGAUUUACAUACACUGGUUGUAUUAACAUAUAUCCUAAAGUUACAAACAUGUUUACAUUGUUGUUUUAAACUAUUUUUCAACAAAGUGCCGCUUCUAUCUUGGUGUUGUUGUUUUUAUUUUAAAGACCAAAUUUUUACUUGCUUUUUAAAAAUGUUUUAGUCUGGUCCCAGUUUUGUUCAUUCCAGCAUUUGGUUGUGGACUAUGAAGAAACCUUAUGAUGUGAACACCAUUUAAUGUUUAGAAAUUUAACCAUAGAUGGUGAUUGCCUUUUUCAAAAGCCUUUGUCUUCUAAGGUGGUAAAUCUACUGUUCUCAAUUGAUGUGGUUUCCCCAUUUUAUUAUCAAAAUGAGUGGCCAGCAUAAGAAGACAGACUCACAAAUAUUUGCAUUGUUGUUUUCUUUAAAUGGGAACAUACUAUCUUUGAAUAUAAAGAAUGUUUUAUGUAUGUUACAAGCCUUACAAUGUACACAUGAUUGUGUUUGGCUAUUUUGUUUUUCAUGUCAUUUUGUCGCUACAAUGUUUUUAGGUACUCAUGGUUGUCCUCCCCUUGCUUGUCUCUAUAGUUUUAUAUAACAAAAAGUUGUUAGACCCAUUCUGCAGUCGGGAAUGUUUUCUCAUUUUGGUCCUAAUUUGUUGUAGAACGUUUCUUUUUCAAUAUACUUUCAAUAUACUUGCUUUAAACUUUUUGAAUAAAAUAUUUCUUCUAGUAUCAUUGCAAGCGUGAUAACAAAUCAUUGUGUUCUAUUUUUAUUAAAAUCGUGAAGAUUAUUUAUUACUCAAAAUAAUUUUUGAAAGGAAAAGGCCCAUAGCGAAAUUUUAUAAGCCCCCACCAGGGAAAAUGAGCAUUUUUUAAAGCUUUUUUUUUAUAUUCUAAAGGUAAUAAAAGUAUAUAUUUUUUGAAAUAGACAUAUCAUUCUAUUUUUUAAAGUUGUUUGUUUAUUUAUUAGUAUUAGAUCUUUGAACAUCUUAUUUUUUUCAUAAUGUUGAUUUUUUUAGGGACUUUUUAAAUUCAGAGUUACCCCUCUUUGCUUGGGGUUGUGGGAAGGAUCUUUACUAACUGGAAAUAGGAGCUAUCGGGUUCAUUUACUUUGACUCUAGUAACCAGCUAUUGCAAGGACAUGAAUUAAUUCUAGUUAUUAAUAAAUGGAUCCUAGUUAGUUUUUUUUUUGGUUGUGCCAAGAUGAAUGUAAGGACAUUAAGAUUCUCAAUGAAUGAUUUUUAUUUAUAAAUGAUAUUUUGAUCUCUUAACGGAUAAAAGAUGAAAAAAAAAAAGAUUUACAGACAUUUUCUUUUUCCUGAAAGGCCUAAAACUUCUAGAUAAAUUUGAACAUUGUUGCUAUGGCCUAUGGUUUGCAACAGUCUUUCCCAACCUGAGAUACAUACUCCACAGAGAUUAGAAGUGCUCAGAAGUUGACUAUAAAUAGAACAGAAAGAUACCAUUUACCUUUGUGUAUGCAUGCUUUUUGAAAGUCUAUUGACAGCAUAGUUUGAAGUGAAUAAUCUAUCUAAGGGGUUUUUCUUCUUUUUUAAAAAAAAAAAUGCUUUGUAUCUCCUCUUUUUGGUCACUAUCAGGUGCACAUUAAGAUCUUUUUGAACCCUUGGAUAUUUUCCCCGUGCCCCACCUGUUUUGAAACUGAGUUCUGGAUCUUUAUAUCAAACCAUUUGUGAUUUGACAUAAGACAGGACAACUAGAAUACAAACAUUUUAGAAGGGCACAGCUAGCUUGGCAGCCAAUGAGCUGAACCUCUUGUCAAAUUCAAGAUUAAUAUGUCAAUACAUCAACUUUGAUUGUUUCAUUUUAGAUAUGUGAUAUUGUAAGACAUCUCUCUUUUAUCAUUCAGUCUAUAUUUCACUUCAUCAUGGGAAUGUUCAGGCCAGUGAUUGUGCAUGAUUAAACUAAAAGUGUUACGGUUGAAAGGUACAAUGUCCAUUUGGCUGAUAUACUAUCAUCCCCCUUCCUCCAUAGAACUCAAACAAUACAAAAUGUUGUGAACACAUUCCUACCACUUCUCUGUAUAAACAUCCUUGUAUACUAGACAUGUUCAGUUUGUGAUAUCAUAGACCAUACACAUUCAGUUUGUAAUAUCGUAGUCAAAACAUGUUUAAUUCAUAAUAUCAUGGACGAGAUAUGUUCAGUUUGUGGAAUCAUAGACAAGAUACAUUAAUUUGUUAUAUCUUAUAGUUGUAUUACCAAAUGUAUUCACAAUGUAACGUUGAGAUUUAUAUGUUAACAUUAAAAAAAGAUUUAAUUAUUUUAAACACCA